GAUAGGAUGUUGCCACUAGCAGCAUUGAUGCAUAGGCUUUUUCAGAACAAAAAUACAUUUCUUGGGGGAUCCUGUACUGUUGGAAGAAUAACAACAACGCAUUUUGCAACCCUUGAUUGGGAGGAACACUUAACGUUGCGAACAUUUUACAUUUUGUGUAUUCUGACUGUUGACAAUGCAAAGUGGAAGCGAGCGGGUUUGCAGAAUUUUCAAGCGUCUAAUUUCAGCUAGUAGGAGCAGUAGGAGCAAAAACAAGAACCAUGGCUAGGCCUCGCAGAUACAUUCACAGUCGUUCAGCAACCUGACAACAAGACCGUUUAGAAUAGGCUCAAAGUUGAGGUUUGUGAGAAACCCGUAACAUUCGUGAGAUUCUUGCCAGCAGUUAGCAAGCAAACAUGGCUUAAUGGAUGGUGUUGUUAAUUAACGUUAGCUAGCUACAGUUGACUAAAUAGAUAACUAGCUAUCAGUCUAGUGUGUGCCUAUAUCACAUUCAGAUAAAGCAGCUAGCUAGCGGUUGCCAACUUGCAUACGAGGUCGCUACGUACGGCUAGUUAACUGUUAACCUUGGCUGAUUCCGUUAUUCCCUACGAUAUACAGUAAUAGACAGAGAAAGACAAUUUUUUGUCAAACUUGCGUGUGUGUGUGGGGGGGGGGUCGACUGUCACUGCCAGUGGGACUGGGCGUGGAACGACACUACUAGCUAGCUACAGUAGCUGGUUCCAUAGGAUUCUUUGCAAGAAGUCGUCGACUGCUGGUUGAAUGUGGGACAAAAUGGAGACUCCAACGAUUGUGUACGACUUGGAUACCUCUGGGGGUUUAAUGGAGCAAAUUCAAACACUGCUCGCACCACCCAAGUCAGAGGAUGGCGAAAAGAGGAGUCGGAGGAGUGAAAGGGACGUUCGGAGAAAGAGCAGGGCCACCAACCACGAUACCUGUGAUAGUUGUCAUGAGGGAGGGGACCUUCUGUGUUGUGACCAUUGUCCAGCCGCCUUCCAUCUACAAUGCUGUAACCCACCAUUGAGUGAAGAAAUGCUGCCCCCUGGUGACUGGAUGUGUCAUCGCUGCAAUGUCCGUAGAAAGAAGCGGGAGCAGAAGGCUGAGCGGACAAAUGGCCUGCUGGAGAGGGAGAGGCUCCUCUCCAAGCGCUCCUCCCCUGCAGCUGAACUGGAGCGGGGCACCACCACUAUUACCACCACCACGCUGCGUCUGGACAGGCUGCCCCCCGGGGUCGGAGCAGCUGGACCCGGCCUGCGGGUGGCUGCCGUGCAUCUCGAGCGUCUGGAGCGCCUUGAGCGGCGGGCCAGCAGCCGUCCUGGCACUCCCACUUCCAACACCUCUUCCACGGACACGGACACCCCCUCGGAGGAGCAGAACGAGGCAGACGAGGAGAUGGCCAAGGCAGAGGAGGAGGUGGAGGCCCAGAGCUCAGAAUCUGAGCAAGCCACCACCACCCCUACCCCCACACCACGGCUCCUCAAGAGGCCCUUCCAGCUGCUCAUCGCCGCCGCCAUGGAGCGGAACCCCUCGCAGUUCCAGCUGCCCAACGAACUCACCUGCACCACAGCACUGCCAGGCAGCAGUAAACGGAGGAGGAAAGAGGAGCUGAUCAUGAAGACUUUCAGAAGGCCACAGCAUGAGAUGGACCCCAACGGCCUCGUUCCUCUGCCAGUCAGGGUGUGCUUCUCCUGCACCAGGAGCUGCAGAAUGGCGCCCCUGGUUCAGUGUGACUAUUGCCCCCUGCUCUUCCACAUGGACUGCCUGGACCCCCCACUUACUGCCAUGCCCACAGGCAGGUGGAUGUGCCCCAACCAUAUGGAGCACUUGGUGCUGAACCAGAGGAGCCUGUCCCUUACCAGCCGCUGCCAGCUCUUAGACCAGUUCCAGGAUAGGAUAUCCCAGCAUGCCGUCAAGGUGGGCUUCCUGCGACGGGUCCACCGACAGAACCCCCCUGUCCGCAGCGGUGUCCACCACAAAACGAAGGCGCUCAAGGUGCCUGACGCUAUUAAGUCCCAGUACAAGAACCCCCCGGCCAUUUUGGCUCCUGCAGGGGUGCGUAACGGGGAGCUGAUCUGUAAUGGUGUCCCAUCCCAGGACUGCUCCCCUCAGCAUUUUACCAGCCAGGCGGAGCAACAGGAGUGGCUUCGAGACGUCAUCUCGCUGCAGUGCAGCAUCAUGCGACAUUUAUCUGGCAAGCAGAAGUCCUCGUCAGACUGGCACUCUGAACAGACAAACAAGGAACAGAAAGACAUUAAGCCCUGUGUAGCCCUAGAGGAGAACAGCUCUCUGCCCCUUGCAGAAAGGACAGCUUCAGCCCUGCCUGCCCCCUGCUCUAAGCCCUGCAGUACAUCUGAUGGCCCCCAGGGGGCCCAGGUACUGAAGGGUCUCUCGCAAGGCCAGGAGAGCUGCAGCUGCCCGGUGAGGCCCUGUCAGAACUGUCUGAAGUGCAGGAAACCCAACGGGCCCCUGACUGAGCAGCCUGUGCAAGCCAACGGACCGGUAGUGUGUAACACUGCCUCUGACGCCUGCAAACAGACAGAGCUCCAGCUGCACAGACUCACCCCACCAGCCCCACUCCCAACCUCUGCUCUGGGGCUGCCAAACCACCUGAGAGGAGGGGUGGAGGUUAAAACUGGGAAGGGCAGCCACCUAGAGUCUUGCACCCAGAAAGGUUGUCCACCUUCCUCUUUGACGUGUGCAGCCACAGGGCAGGACAUAAAGAGCCAGGCCCACGGGACUCCUCCAGGCAUGGCAGGGACUCAGGCCAACCCUCUGAGCUGCUGCAGUGAGCUGAAGCUCUGCCCCACCCCCACCCCAGGUGUCCAUGUCUUCACCCCACCCAGAGCCAUCAAAGACUCCAGCACAGCAAGACAGCCUACCACCACACCUCCCGGUUUCUCCCCAGGGACAGAUCUUAAGGGCAGCUCCAUGUUCCCCAGCUCUCUCUUCCCCUUAAUAGCAGACCUGUCUGGUGGCAUGAAGGCUGUGAUGGAAGGGGAUGGAGAGAUCGAACUGAGUAAACUGGAUGAGGAGUUGGUCAAACUCCUGGCCUGGCAGAGGAUACAGCAGCUGUUCCCCCACAAAGCACCCCCAGUCCCCCAAGGCAGCUGUGUAACCGCUUCCCCUCUUCCCACCACCACCGUCGCCCUCAAACCUCAAUCUCCCGCGCCGUGCACAGAGGAAGAACAGAAGGUGCAGGCGAGAGCAACGUUCUAUCCACUCAUGGGGAAGGGAGGAGCCAUCAACAUGUCUUAUAGGACCCUGUACAUAGGAGCUGGUGCUGACAUGGAUGUGUGCCUUACAAACUAUGGUCAUUGUAAUUAUGUAUCUGGAAAACACGCCUGCAUCUUUUACGACGGGAACACCAAGCACUACGAGCUGCUCAACUACAGUGAGCAUGGGACCACGGUGGACAAUGUGCUCUACUCCUGUGACUUCUCUGAGAAGACUUUGCCCAGCCCGGCCAGUGGCCUGGUGUCCAAAGUGCAGGGCAUUGUCCGCCGCUGUAAGAUGAGAGAGCAGCAGGAGGAGGGGACCGAGGCUGGGCACAGGACUGGUCUGAUGCCAUUGGGGGGAGUGAUGAGCUGCCAGCCCCAGGGAGGACCCAGGCUCUCCUGCAACUGCAAAGCCAGCAGUUCCAGCCUGAUCGGUGGCAGUGGGGCCGGCUGGGAGGGCACAGCGCUGCUCCACCAUGGCAGCUACAUCAAACUGGGCUGCAUGCAGUUUGUCUUCAGCAUUGUUGAGUUCGCCAGUAAGCAGCCCAAAGAAGAGGGAACCACUGGCACUGCCAAUACCACCCCCGCCAAUACCACCCCCAACCAAGAGGGGGCAAACAAACAGACUAUCAAACUCCACCAAUUGCAACUCUGUGCCAAAGCCCAAACUCUCCCUUUCUCAUCUAUUCCCAGUCAAACCUAAGGGAAGCCUAAGGGGAGCCGGUUGUUACACAGGGAAAAUAUAUAUUUUAAUUUAUUUUGUUUAUACAUUUGCAUGAAAUUAAGUAUUAUCUCAAAUCUGUUUAUUUAGAUUGACUGACUGAAAAGUAUUUGUCACUUAUUUUUGCCAGUCUAGUUAUACAUACAUAUACAGUACCAGUCAAAAGUUUGGACACCUCAUUACAGGGUUUUUCUUUAUUUGUACUAUUUUCUACAUUGUA